AAAAUGGAUUUCAGUUUUAGCACAGUAACAGUGGGCAUUGUUGUGAUAUUACUAAUUCUGUUAAUCAGCUGGUCACUGCAAUGGCCAGUUAACAUCCCGCCUGGUCCAUCUGGGUACCCUGUCGUUGGAUGUAUGCUUAUGUUUCGAAAAGGAAACCCUUUGGAUGUGUUUAGGAAACUUCGAGCACAAUAUGGCGAGGUGUACAGUAUGAGAAAUGGUGUAAAUCUUGUCGUGGUAAUCAAUGGAGAGGCAACAUUAAAGGAAGCUUUCAUCAGACAUGGUGACGAAUUCUCCGAUCGAGCAGACAAUAUCAUUACACAGCUUGUUUUACAGAAUAAAGGUAUUGGUUUAAGCUCUGGUGAAUAUUGGAAAAAGACUCGGACUUUUGCUCUUUCGACACUCCGGAAUUUCGGAUUUGGCAGAAAGUCAUUGGAAUCCAGAAUACAGGACGAAGUGGCAGCAUAUUUGGAUGUCAUUGAAGAACUGAAUGGACAACCUCAUGACUUGAAGGAAAUAACCGUGUUAGCAAUAUCAAACAUAAUAUGCAGCAUUACAUUUGGAAAUAGAUUUGAAUACAAUGAUACGAAAUUCAAACGUAUUACAUCACUUUUUGCAGAAAACUUUCGCUUAAACACGGUAGGUAGUGCCGUGCGAUUAUUCCCAUUCUUACGGUUUCUUCCUGGAGAUAUGUUCAAUAUAAAGAAAUUGCUUCAGAACUUAAGGGAUAUCAAAGCCUUUGUCGAUGAACAAAUAACUGAACACCGAAGCACGUUUGAAGAAGACAAUCAACGAGAUUUCAUUGAUGCAUUUCUCAGUCAACAAAACAAAUACGGCAAGGAGGACAACAUAUUUGAAGAUCUGAACGUAUCGGCUUCCGUUAGAUAA